GGGGGUGUUGAGGGGUGGGGGGUGCUGUCUAGAGUGUAAGGAGAGCGCCGGUGCAUAGCGACGGGCAGCACGCGCCGUUUCGCUGACCUUGGUGCUGAAAGCGGUUCGUGCAUCAGAUAAGAUAAACCGGAAACUUCCAUUCCAGUCCUUUAUUUGAUCGCUGAUUGUAUUUGUCGUCUGUUGUCCGUUUGAUUUCCGUUGGUUAGAUUUUUUUUUCCACCAAACUUUUUUUUUCCAGUGUUCUAAAAGGCAGUCGUGGGUUUGACGUGAACAUCAAAUGCAUUGGCUCACACCGAGAUGGCAAUGAAAACGCUCACGAUCUUCUGGGUGUCUGUCCGGUAUGCCCGACCUGCUGCACCGUGACAUGAUACUUUAACACUAACGAAAAUAAAACGAGGGAUUAUCAUAUUUGGAAAUGGAUACUCCGAAGGAGCCCGGUUUUGUGCCCAGCAAAGAGGGUUUCAAGCAUCUAGCAGGGAAGACGCUGGGUCAUGUGUACAAGGUGUUGGAGAAGAGACAGAAACCUGGGGAUAAUAUUGAAUUAACGGAAGAUGGCCGACCGACGCAGAGCAGCGAACGGAAGGCGCCCUUAUGUGACUGCACGUGCUUCGGCCUCCCGCGCCGCUACAUCAUCGCCAUCAUGAGCGGCCUCGGCUUUUGCAUCUCUUUCGGAAUUCGGUGCAAUUUGGGCGUGGCCAUCGUGGGCAUGGUGAACAACAGCACCAUUCACCAGAACGGCAAAAUAAUCAUCAAAGAGAAAGCCAAGUUUAACUGGGACCCGGAGACAGUGGGAAUGAUCCAUGGCUCAUUUUUCUGGGGUUAUAUAGUGACCCAAAUCCCAGGAGGAUACAUAUCAUCGCGAUUAGCAGCCAACAGGGUGUUCGGGGCAGCUAUCGUUCUCACCGCAACUCUCAACAUGUUCAUCCCUUCUGCUGCGCGCGUGCACUACGGUUGCGUCAUAUUCGUCAGGAUAUUGCAGGGGCUGGUGGAGGGAGUGACAUACCCAGCAUGCCAUGGGAUUUGGAGUAAAUGGGCCCCGCCUCUGGAGAGAAGUCGCUUGGCCACCACCUCCUUUUGUGGAUCCUAUGCUGGUGCAGUUGUAGCCAUGCCUCUGGCUGGGAUCCUGGUGCAGUACUCUGGCUGGUCCUCUGUCUUCUAUGUUUAUGGGUGUUUUGGCCUUAUGUGGUACAUGUUCUGGAUCUUGGUGUCUUAUGAGAGUCCCGCUGAGCAUCCUACAAUCACGGACGAGGAGCGCUGCUACAUCGAGGAAAGCAUUGGAGAGAGUGCCAAGCUUCUGGGCCCAUCUGAUAAAUUCAAGACACCCUGGAGGAAGUUCUUCACCUCAAUGCCUGUCUAUGCAAUCAUUGUGGCCAACUUCUGCAGAAGCUGGACCUUCUACCUGCUGCUCAUCAGCCAGCCAGCGUACUUUGAGGAAGUGUUUGGCUUUGAGAUAAGCAAGGUUGGCAUGCUCUCAGCCCUUCCGCAUCUGGUAAUGACCAUCAUUGUGCCCAUUGGAGGGCAGAUAGCAGAUUAUCUACGUAGUAAGAACCUCAUGUCUACGACCAAUGUCAGAAAGAUCAUGAAUUGUGGAGGCUUUGGUAUGGAAGCUACUUUGCUGCUAAUAGUAGGAUACUCUCACAGUAAAGGCAUGGCCAUCUCAUUCCUGGUGCUAGCUGUGGGCUUCAGUGGAUUUGCUAUAUCAGGCUUCAAUGUCAAUCACUUAGAUAUAGCUCCGCGUUAUGCCAGUAUUCUGAUGGGCAUUUCAAAUGGAGUAGGGACCCUGUCAGGCAUGGUGUGCCCUCUGAUUGUUGGUGCUAUGACCAAACAUAAGACCAGAGAAGAGUGGCAGUAUGUGUUCCUCAUUGCAUCGCUGGUACAUUAUGGUGGUGUAAUCUUCUACGGCCUCUUUGCAUCGGGUGAGAAACAGCCAUGGGCUGAUCCAGAGCAGACCAGUGAAGAGAAAUGUGGCUUCAUCGAUGAGGAUGAGUUGGCUGAAGAGACUGGAGACAUCACACAAAACUACGGAGCUCUGGGUGCCCCGGCGAAGUCGUACGGAGCCACUUCGCAGAUGAAUGGAGGAUGGCCUGAUGGAUGGGAGAAAAGGGAAGAAUAUGUACAAGAAGGAGCAGAAGAGGGAGGGUAUGGAUACAGGCAGGGCAGGGAGUACUCUUAGACAACACACACAGACACUCAGACAAAGCACAUAAAAACAAUCACAUGCACACAUUCACAUAGUAGACGUAUUUUGUAGUGAUUGUGAAUUCUAAAAAAAAGUGCAAAAUAAAUGAUAAAGAUGUAAAAUAAUACACCUUGUUGUUUGCACAAAGGAAAAUAAUCAAAUAUUAAAUAAUUCAAGAUGUUAAAAUAGAUAAAAUAUAUACAUAUAUAUAUAUGACUAAAAUUAUAGAAAGAUGUAAUACAUAUCAAAUUGGCAGAUUGUAAUUGUAAAUUGUCUAUGUAAAAAAAAAGAAUAAUAAGUGAAUAUAUUUCAAGUGCAAUCUAGUGUAAUGUUGUGAAAAUAAUAUUUGCACCUCAACAUUCUAUAGGAUUAGUUUAGUUGCAGGUGUUGAAAACCACCACACCUCAUAAUGGCUCCAAUAUGAAAUGCACAUAGAGCCAAACCAGCGACAGAAAACCCUGUAACCUGAACAAAUAUACUGGUUUUCUCUGUUUCUUUUGCUGAUUGCACUUCAAAACUCAUACUGUGUCACUGCACAAAACCAUGAGCCUGUUUUUUCCAUGAUGUGUUACUCUUUCAUUGUAGAUGGAGGUUUUUCUGUGAGACUUAAUGUAGGAUGUGGGUCUUUGACACUGUAUUUAAGAGCACAGCAUUAAAAAAGAAACACAGAUGUAAAAACAAUCAUGAUGUCUUUGUCUGGAAAAUUUUUUAGACAUCUUUGAUGCUUUUAUUGCAGAGUUUCAAGUAAGAGCAAAAAAACAAAAACAAAAAGAGCAAGGCACCCAGAGUGACAUAGUUGGUUCCGAAGGCAUUGUCCAUUGACUUGUUUGAUAUCCUGUAGUAGCGCAGCCAUCCACUGCCAGGAGAGCACAAUUGCACAAUUAAUGAUGAUUUUAUUCAUAUAAAUUAUGCUUUAACUAAAUUUAAAGCAAUAUUGGCUGUUUAUGUCCAUAUAUGUCAAUUUGGUCACAUAUGCAUUUCCUAAAAAGCAUCGUAGCACAAUGAUCAUUGUUAUAUGGUCAAGUUAGCAUUGUACACUACCAUUAAUUGAAGUGAAUGCUCUCCUCCAAGCACAUAUAGCCUAGCUAUAAUCUUGCACAUGCUUUAGUCUUGUGUCUUGCUCUCAGGUUGUCAGCUUCCAUGUAACAUUGAGACUCAGAUGGAGAUUAGUGAUGACUAAUGACACAACCACAAGGAAAGACACAAGGAAAAGAAAGAAGAUAAAUUAAAGCACAGAUUGGAAAAAAAAAAGAAAAGCACAGAGUGUCCAAAAGACCCAAUCCUUGAGUCCUCUGUUUGUCAGAAUCCUAGAGUUAACACCAUGACCAUCUUGAUGUCUGUGGUAUGUAGUUAUGCAUGGGUGACACUGUUUUUAGCUGUACUUCUUUUAGAACCACUUUCCCUUUUCUCCUUUCAGUUACUAAUGGGUUGAUUUCUUUGCACAGUUAACCAAAGGUAAUGUGUAGAGUUGGGUUUUAUGGGGUUGGGUCUAAGGGUUCAGGGGAAAUCCCUGCAAAAUAAAGACUAAAAAUGGCUUAAUCUGCUUUAUAAACAGACUCCUACAGCUGGAGCAGGUUCCAAACAUAUUUAAUGUACAAAGCAAUAAAUCCAUGGUAACAGUUAAUGUUUAUUCAGUAUAAACAACAAAAAAAUAUGUAUGUAACACAUUAGCACAUUUAACUGUAGUGACUUUUGGUUCAAAUUGUGGUUUUGUGAUGACAAUUUAAAAAGAAGAUCAAAUAUAAACUUAUUGUUAAAACAUGUAUAAAAAGAUAUAAAUAGAUUUAGCAGGAGUCCAGUGCAAAACUCUUUUAAUCUUUGAUAAGGAGUGUUUGUGCUGGACCCACUCACCAGAAGAGAAUGAUUCUUACGUGUCACCUGCACGAGUUACUGAGUGAAACUUUCGCUACGGUUCUCAGUCCUGUGGGUGGACACAACUCUGUAGUUGUCCUGUGUGGUUGCCAGUGGUUGCAUUUUUGCAAGUAUGUUGUUGCCAGAUGUUCCCCUUCCUUCCUUUCCCAGUUCCUCCCUGCCUUUAUUUGACUUCCCUCUUGUUUUGGUCUGUGUUUUGUCAGUGGCUUGAGACCUUCUCCUCCUAUCUUACUUCCUCUUAAAACCCACUACUGCUGCAAUAUUCAACAACAAAAGGGGUUGUUUGUAAAGGUAUUCAUAACUGCACAAAUGUUACAGUUAUUAGCAAAGAAAUUAUUGUACCAUAUUCCUGUUUUGUGCCUCGGAGUAAAGUGUGGCUUCUUUUUCUGUGUUAC